UUUUAAACAUGGCUCCUACAACCACAAACAUUCAAAAUGCUAAAAUUGCCAAGAAAGCAACUUGGAAUGAAGUUAAUAAACUAAAGAAGGAAGAACGAAAAAAGUGGAAAGAACAAAACUUAUUAAAAAAAGCGGAGAAGAAGAAAUUAAAAGAGCUGGCAGAUAAUAAAGAGACUGAUAAACAAUUAGAAAAUUCCAACCAGCCUUCGACAAUAUCUAUAGCAGUCCCGGGUUCUAUAUUGGAGAACGCACAGUCUGCCGAAUUACGCACAUACUUAGCUGGACAAAUUGCGAGAGCCGCCUGUAUAUUUCAAAUCGACGAGGUAGUAAUUUUCGACGAUUACGGAGAUGAGGCAUCAGCGAAGAAGUCGUCGCUAGAACAUGACACUGGUGUUGUAUCAGCGAGACAAUCGUGCGUUCAACUCGGAAGGAUUUUGCAAUAUCUAGAAUGCCCUCAAUAUUUAAGAAAACAUUUUUUUCCGAUUCACCAAGAUUUGAAGUACUGCGGGCUGUUGAAUCCGUUAAAUGCCCCCCAUCAUUUGGGACCUAAGGAUGAGUUUUUAUUUAGGGAAGGUGUGGUAUUGAAUAAACCUUCGAAAAUUGGUCAGGGUUCGUUUGUAAAUGUAGGACUUCUUAAAGAAAUACAUGUCGAUAAGUUAUUGACACCAGGUUUGAGGUGUACGGUUAAAAUGGUUCCAACGGAGCCUUCUAGCAAGAAAUACAAAGGCAUUGUUGUGGCCCCUAGUACUCCAAGACGGGAAACUGGGGCUUACUGGGGUUAUAGUGUACGAAUUGCUACAUCGUUGUCGAAGGUGUUUUCGCAGUGCCCACAUAAAGAAGGUUACGAUUUGACUAUCGGUACUUCCGAUAAAGGAACUUCAGUGGAUGAAUUUUCUUGUCCACAAUUUAAACAUGUUUUAUUAGUUUUUGGCGGAGUUCAAGGACUUGAAGUUGCAUUAGAAAAUGAUCAAGUAUUAGACGCCGAAGAUCCUAAAUUGCUAUUCGAUCAUUAUCUAAAUACCCAACCGGAGCAAGGCUCCCGGACUAUUCGGACAGAGGAAGCUAUAUUAAUAAGUUUAGCUAGUUUAAGGCCUAAACUUAAUCCUGUUUGUAAACCUAACGUAAUUGUUGAAUGUGGAUCAUUAGAGUAAUUCUUAAGGAG